ACCACAACAACAGUAGCUCCUACGACAACUACAGCAGCUCCUACCACAAACACAGCAGCUCCAACCACAACUACACCAACUGCGACCACAACUAGAGCAACUCCAACCAUAAGCACAGCAGCUCCAACCACAACCACAGCAGCUGCAACCACAAGCACUGCAGCUCCAACCACAACAACUGCAACUCCAACUACUGCAACUGCAGCUCCCACCACAACCACAGCAGCUCCAACCACAACCACAGCAACUCCAACUACUGCAACUGCAGCUCCCACCACAACCACAGCAUCACCUACCACAACAACAGUCGCUCCGACGACAACUACAGCAGCUGCAACCACAACAACAGCAGCUGCAACCACAAGCACUGCAGCUCCAACCACAACAACUCCAACCCCAACUCCUGCAACUGAAGCUCCAACUACAACCACAGUAGUUCCUACCACAACUCUGACUACAAUCACAGGAUCGCCAAUUAAAACCACAGCUACUCUAUCUACAACCUCAGCAGCAGCAACCACUCCAGGUCCCACCACAACAUCUGCAGCUCCAACAACCACCACAGCAGUUCCAACCACGACGACAGCAGCACCAACCACAACUACAGUAGCAUCAACAACUACUGCAGAUGCAACCACAACAACAGGAGUACAAACAACAACGACAGUAGCUGCAACCACAACUACAGCAGCACCAACAACUACCACAGCAGUUCCAACCACAGCAACAGCGGUACUAACCACAACUACAGCAGCUGCAACGACAACUACAGCAGCUGCAACCACAACUACAGCACCAACAACAACAACCACAGCAGUUCCAACAUCCACCACAGCAGCACCAACAACCACCACAGCAGUACCAACCACAACGAUAGUAACUCCUACGCCAAUAACAGCAGCACCAACCACAACUUCAGCAACAUCAACAACAACUACUGCAGAUGCAACCACACAAACAGGAGCACCAACAACAACGACAGCAGCACUGGAGAAGUUUACAGUCCUCAAGGCUGUCAAAAGGGUAUGUGUAUGA